AUGAAUCUCUUCAAGCUUUCUGCGAAAACCCUAGCCAUCCUCGGUCUCCUUAUUGUCAACAACCUGGUCAUCGCCAGUCCGCUGAACAUCACUUCUGCGGACCCAUCUGAAGAACCAUCUGACGACCCUUCUGACGAACCAUCUGGCAAACCUGACAACCCACAGGACAACCCAUACUAUAGAUGCGAUCCGGGCAGAGGACACGGACAAUUUAGUCCGAUGUACUACAGCGAACAGCCAUGGCCCGACCGUGGCAGAGGGAAAAUAGACUCGACAUUUCACGGCCUCGAUAACGCAGUGUAUUUUGACCAGUCAAGAGAUAUCAAAAAGACAAAUGCGAUUGACCUCCAAUACUGUCUCAACGACAUGUACCACGGCAUCUAUGAAGAAGAGCCCGGCAUCACCGACGAGGAACAUCACAGACGCUCUCGUAAGGGAGGAUACAGAACCGAAGGUUGGUAUUGUCGCGGCAAUUUCUUCGAGCUCGGCUUCAAGGGACUCCUGGGCAUUUGGCCAGCAUGGAAAACGGUCGAGGCCUGUAGAGGUGAAAUUACGAAAGCAGCGAUAGCAGGCAGACCUUGGGUUAGCUGUCAGGUGCGUUCUCACCCGUUUAGUAAAAUGUGGUUUGGAUGGAGCCCUGCCCAUUGCAAGAUGCGCUACAGGAAAGACCCAGAAUGUUAUUUCUAUGGAGUAGGGGAAGUCCAGAUUGAGGGGAACCCCAAAUAUGAAAGCUGCAUGCAUCCGCCUUGCCCAGAAAUGUGUCCGAAGGGUGUGGGAAUGGAGCCAACUUCACAGCCAACUUCACAGCCAACUCCAGAGCCAACUUCAACUGCAAAGCAAAAUGCAGCGCCAACUUCGAAGCCAACUUCGAAGCCAGCUCCAGAGCCUGAUGACCCGAAACCAACUUCAGAGCCUGGCGGCCAGAAGACAGCGCUAGAGCCAGUCUGUACAAACUAUUGCGGCGGGCCUAGCAAGGCUUACAACGGGACGAAUAAUGUCCCUCGAUAG